GAAGCACACUAGGCCAAGAAGGCCAAAAUCCUAAAAAAAGACUUUGGCGGAGUCGGCCCAUCGUAAUGUAAUAUAUGUUUCAGGCACCUACGAAAGAGGCGAGGCUCAACAAAGCUCUUUUCACCACCUUCCUUUUUCCUAGUAACAAAAUAUAUCUUUUCUGUUUCGCGAGUUGCACUACUUCCUUUUUCUCGUCGCCAAAAGUGAUUUCGGAACAGGAUUUACAUUGUGCGAAUGGGUGCACCCGAGCAGCAUAGAUUCCGCCCUACUUCAGCACCUGUUCUGCCACCACCAUGUUACAAUGAUGCUGCUGCUGCUGCUACUACUACUACUGCUGCCUCCCACAGCAAUGAGGCCAAUAUUCAUAAUGGCAAUAGCAGUUACUAUCAGCAACCACCACCUGCAUACCAUCAAGUUCCUGGAUAUCCCUACAGCCCUGCAUCCUCCUCUUAUCAGCCGCAUUAUCAACAACAUGGAGGCAAGCUUAUAUUUUUUUCGCUUUAUAAGCGUACCAAGAAAGCGCAUGAACUCAUCCAACAAUUCGUAUAUACAGUGUACUAUUAUCAACCGACCCCUCCUCCACAAACAGUAAUAGUUCAACAAACACAGAGCCGGACAGACGAUGCCUGCUGUUGGGGAUGCUUGGCUGCUUUAUGUCUCUGCUUUGCUGCCGAAGAAUGUUGCUGAGCUCAGUACAUGUCAUACGUAUUUCUUAGAAUAAACUGUGCUCAAAUGAGCAUUUCGGCACGUUCUACCCUAUUUUUUUUUUCUCUUGGCCAUGAGAGGAGUUACGCGGCGCACAAACACCUAUUGUCACGUUUUUCCACGUGUGACCAACAUCAUCGUCGAUCCCUUUUUUCU